AUGGAAAUUAAGAAGAGCAAAAGAAGUAGAGCACCCACUGAGGGGAAAGAAUUAAACAGAAAGGUACACCUGAAUAAUAAACACAAAAACGACAGUGUGAAAAGGCUUAUAUAUUGCAACGAUUCGGAGGAUAAAAAACACACAGAUAGCAAUUCCAACAUUUUAAGUAACACGUAUGAAAACAUCUAUGACGAGCUCUCAUCCAACUAUGAAGAUAGUGCAGGCAAAUCGAAUGACGACCUGACCGAAUUUUACCUGUACAAAGAAAUCAACAACCAUAAGUAUAACAACAAUUUGUACGACUUCUACUUGAAUAAGUUUAAUAGUAACCUCGAGGAGAGGGACAAGCUGAAUGAGUCCAACUUGAGUCUUCUUAAUAAAAUUUCUCGCAUUAAGAGGAAACACAAUUAUGGAGACAAAAAUGAUGAAGAAAAGACAGAACGGGUGAGAGACCCAAAUGUGAAUGAAAUGACGGCAGGUGAGAAACACCCAGGGGGGGAGGAAUCCCCGCAGGAGCGAUCCAUCUGUAAUAACGUCAAUAAUCAUCAUACAGACUCUUAUGAUAAGGGGAAUGAGGAAAAACUAGCCGAGUUGAGGAAAAAGUAUAGGCACGUGAUGCUUUAUUCGUCGGAAGGACCGCUCAAUGGUGACCCAACGAAGGAGCGUUUCACAAAACAGACAGAUCAAAUGAAGAAAGAAAAAAAUAUAGGCCAAAGUGAAGACCAGAAUGUAAACCAAAGAGGAAAACAAAACGAGGAGAAGGCAAAUUUGUACAACAUCUACUUCAACACGCUGAUAAACAAAUGCGAUUACACCAUUUCAUGCUACAUGUACAAGAAAACGAAUGCCACACAUAUUUAUAGAAAAAAAAUCCUAGUUUUGAAGAAGCAUUUUUUAAUUUUAAAUAAAUUCAAACAGAAUAUUAAUAACAUCUACAAAGUUAUGCAGGGGGAUGUUUAUGAUAUAUCCCAUUCUACAUAUGGACAUAUUUACAAAAGCUCGAACAGCAUUUACAAUUUUAGUGUGUAUGCAAAGCGAUUGAGCAAUAUGGAUGGGAGUUCCACCUCAGAUAAUAGUAAUUUUUUUUCUUUAAAGAAGAAAAAGAAGAAGAAAAAAAAUAAUUACAAAAUAUCAAAUGAUGGAUACCACUUCAACAAUGAGCACAUUCGUUUAGCUAACCACAACGUAAAUGUAAUUAUCGAGUUGAUCAAUUUAAUGAAAAUUAUUUCUAUCUAUGGUUCGAUAAAGAAGUACAUGAAAAUACUCUUUUUCAAGUACACCAAAAAUGUCUUCUUGAAGAAUUACGAGUUGUAUUAUUCUUCCCCCAAAUAUUUCAACGUGCUGAAGAAAUUCUACAAGUCCAUUCAUGCGAGUGCUUACAACUACAUUUAUGUAAAUAUUUUAAAAAUUAGGAACUUAGAGCAAAUUAAGUAUAAUUACAUAUAUGCCAUAAUUGACGUGGAUAAUUUUUUGUACCACUACAAGUAUGAGUACAAUAGGGACAUGUUCAUACCACUUUUCACGGACAGACAGAAUAAAGUUAUAUUUUAUUUUUACACAGACCUGGAUUUGUAUCUAGGACAUUUUACUCUACACAAUUAUGAAAUUGAAAAACACAUCGACUUUGAUUUGUACAAAAAGGCGGAACUGAGUAGUGUACAAAUUCAGACCGAUUUCUUUUUAACGAAAAAUACAAAGUAUAGAAAUACAUCCAUGUAUAGCUCCACGUCGUCUAACAAGACGGAAAAAUUAUUCAACUCCUCCUGCAAUAAAAAGAAUGACGGUGUGUCAAAUGACUUUUCUCUCCUGAACCAGAAAAAUAUUUUCUUCGAUAAGAAUUAUUUUUUUGUGAGAAAGUUACAUAAUGACCAAAAGAAGAAUGCACAGAAAAAUAGCAAAUAUGAAUCCGACUAUAAUGAUGAUAAUUUGUAUGUCCAUAUAUUUAUAUAUAAAAGUAAGAACCGAUUUGAGUACUUGCUACCGUCGCAGAACACCACCAAUGUGCUUUGCAAUGAUGAGGACCCCUCCAUGACGUAUAACAACAUUAACAAUAAUUACCAGUUGUUUAAUUUAUUUAUAAAUAAUAUAAAACGCACCAUGCAGAUAAAAAACAGAUUCAACUAUAUCUUCGAUAAAGUAAACGGAAUAUUCGAAUUUAGAAGCUUCAUUAUUUCCAUCAUUUCAAUUUUUUACCUUUUUUUCUGUUCCUACUAUAAGAAUUACAUACACAUUGUCCUCCUCCUUACCGUGGCAUUUCUCACAUACAUAAAUAACGAGAAGAAUUACGAUUUUUGCAGAAACGUCUUGUACGAUUUUCCCAUUUUGUACCUCUUUUUUCCUCAUAAAAUUUUGUGCAAAAUAUCGAAGAAGUCCAGUUUGUACCACCUGCACACGUUUCUGCACAUUUUCAUAUUGAACAGAUUUCCCUCCUUCUUUCAAUACCUGUAUAAACAUUACAAAUCCAGGUGCAUCUACUUCUUUGCCUACACUCCUGCUUAUGUAGGCAAGUACUGCAAUGACCACUUCUUAGAGAAAGGGGGUAAUGAGCACAGCAGGAGUAAGUUAUCCAAGGUGAAAGGGAGUAGAAGGAAGGGCAAGGAUAGGCAGACCAAGGCAGAUUCGUUUUUGAUCCCAAACUGUGGUAGCAACGCGAAGGAGGGGGAAACGGUAAGCUGUAAGGGGGGCAACAAUGCCGUUGUGGUUCGUGCCAAUGUGGUUGACGACGCUAUUCCUGGGAAGGAGGAGCAGGGGGAUAUUCCCAAAUCAAACAGUGAUAUCUCUGUCUCGAGAGGAGAUGCCAAUUGCGGGGAAAAAAUAAACUGCAAUUUUGAGGCCAGCAUUAUGGAUGGCAGAAACGAUCAUGGUGAGAAUAACCACCAAGAGGGAGACCUACUCUCUCCAGGAGAAGAGGCGAAGAAUGAGAAAAACGGGGAAGACGACGAGAUGCACGACUCCUCCGAAGAGGACGAUAAUUCCGAGAAGGAAAAAAUUCUGAACAACAUGGGAGGAUACAUUAAGAAUGGAAAUGCAGCCAAUGGGGGCACAAGCGGUAAGUCUGUCGUGGACCCGGACGACGAUCACGAUGAGGAUGAGAAGGCCCCACUGAAAGGAGACAGUGAUAUUGGAAAAUCACAAGUUAAUAGCUAUACCAAUGGAGUAACGAACGACGACAAAUGCAUGUAUACCAAAUUGAUAAAGAAAGGCAAACUUUCUCAUAUGAUUAACAACAAUAAGCAGUGGCUAAUGGACUACUACGUUACCGGGGGAUAUCAAAAAUUUAGUAACUCAGACAAGACGACCAACUUGAACGUGAACAGUAAAAAGGAUAAAUCGAAUUCUUAUAAAUUAAAAAAUAGCUUCCCCGAUAUGAAGCUUCUGCUCGAGGAACAAACAAAAAAGGAAGAAAAACAAAAUUGCAGCGACAUUGAGGAAAAGAAAAAAAAAAGUGUACAUAACGGGACUUCGAUUGUGCGCAGUUCCCUGUCACUCACUGAAGGAAAAAAUUAUUUUGAGCGAAAUAAUAGUUCGUUUUUUUCAAAAUAUAAUUAUACCCUUGAUGAGGACGUGGAAAAUUAUUCUGAGGAUAUGGGUAUUAACGAAAUUAUGCUACUCGAUUUGGAAAUUAAAAUUGUAAAUCACAUGAAAAAUAAUUACUACGAUUCUGCUGGUAGGGUACCUAUUGAGAAGGUGCACGGGGAUGAGAAACAUGUAGAGGAGUUAGCAGACAGAGGGGCCUGUCGCAGCAGGGAGUUCUGCUUUGAAAUAAAUAACGCGAAAUAUUCGGUGGAUUUAAGUUUAUACCAAAGUGCCAGGUAUGUUCACUUCUUCAAGUCCGGCAACAGUGUAGAGGAUCGUCGCGCUAGCUACCUAUCCAACGAGCACUGUAGCGAUAAAAGUGUAAAAACAAAAGGUAGAAAAAACACACAAGAGUGCACCGCAAACAGUUACAACCAAACACACAACAAUAGAAACAGGAAAAAAAACUUCUACAGCAUUAUUGAAUACUUCCCCGGAUAUUUUUACAACAAAAUCGAAAUUAUAUACAUCAAUGUAAUAUUAAUUUUUAUUUACGUUUAUUGCCUUUUAAUAAUUACCGUGCAUGGAGGACUGAACAACGAUUUUCCCUUAUAUUUUUAUUUCCUAAAUAAAAAAAAAAAAAGAGGAAAGAAAUUGGAAAAACGUAAGGAAAAAAAGAGUGACUGCUCAGAGCACAAUCACGAAUUGACCAACUUAGAAGCGAAGAAGAAAAGUGAAGAAAAGACCUACACGUCCAACUUGCUCUUCAAAUCAAAGCGCAUAUUCAAGAAUUGGAAACAGAAAAGGAAGCUGAAUAAAAAGAACAUUAAGCUUGACUUAGGCAAGAAUCUCUCCUCAGAUGCGCUGGAUGACCUUAAAAAUGGGGGCCUGUUUGAAAAGAACGUCGAUGCUAUCUUCUGCGAUGAGAAGAAAAAGGAGAGUGAAGAAGGAAAAAAGGAAGAAAUAGAAGGAACGGAAGAAGCGGAAAUAACAGAAGCGAUAACGAAUAAGGACACAUCUAACGUAAAGGAAGAGCUGCCGUCCGAAUCAGACCAGCAAAACGGACCACCUUUGACGAAUUGCAGCAAGUCCAGCGAUCUUCAAUUAGAGGAAAACAUUCAAAGUGAUCAUGCCAAUGUGCUAACUGUAAAUCCCCUACAGAAGGGGAAAGAAAAAAUCGAUCCGUGUCCCACUUUAAAUUGCCCAGUUGAGCUGCCCAACGUAGAGUUAUGUAGUAUCGGAGAGGGGGAAGUGAACGUGAAAGAGGACAUCGCAGCGGAAGUGCUUCAUAAUAGCGAUGACAAUUUUUCACCAAAAUGUGGAUAUGACUGCGAAGAAAACCUCGGGGACGACAUUACAGUGGAAGCUCAACGUAACAAGGAUGAUCAUUUGGCGGCCCCAAAUGUAUAUGAUUGGGAAGGCUACACGAGCGUGCAUAACGGAGGGGGUCACGGCGCUGCUGACAUGAGUCAAGUGAAGCCUCACACUUAUGACGAGAAUCCUCCACUUGCACAUGCAAACCCGCGAUACUACGACGAUGGUCACAAGAGUUGUUUAAGCCCCCACCACAGCGAUGAUAAUUUCACGAGCCGGUCGACCCCGCAUCGGAGUGAGCCCAAUGAGGACAAACUCCAUAUGCCCUUCGAUGAAACUCCCUUCGACGAAUUAAAUAAUAGCGCUCUUGAUGACGCCUUCAAUCUGAAGAAGGAGAAACAACCCCCUUGCAGCAAAUAUAGAAAGGAUAAAUAUUUUUCCAUGAACGAAUUAAAAGAACACUGUAAAAACACAUUAGGGGCAAAUAACUUAUUCUCGCAGGAAAAUCACCCAACGUAUAAAGACCAAGGCUAUGUAGGCAAUGAGAAAGGAGAUGAUCUCCAUGGUAAUGAUGGAGACAAAAAAAAAACGAUGAGAAAUUUUCUGGGAAAAUUAAAAGAUAUGAAGGAAGAGAAACUUGGCAAAAUUAAAAAUAUGUACAAAUCUGAAAAAGGCAACAAUCCUUUUAAGAAAGGGUUCCACAUGAUAAAGAGCAAAAUUACCAGCGAAAGUGUGGAGGACAACUUUAGCUACAGUAAGGACAACCUUUGGGGGGAAGAAAUCAAAAAAAAAAAGGGAAAAAAAUAUGCACAAUAUAGUGAAAAUGAAUUUGACACAUGUAAAAAUGACGAGUUAUUCGAUUUGAAAAUUUUGUUUCCACCUUCCGGUGGGGAAAGCAAGGAAAAGUACACCCUGGAGAAGCAACUACCGAAUAAUGCCCAGGUAGGCGUAAUAAUCAGUGAGAACAAUUACGCUGUUAACCCGUCCUACGUAGUAAGUAACAACGAAAGUAAUUACAACACAGGAUACAGAAACACAGUAGUAAAAAACUAUCCUAUGGACAAAAGUUUUAUCUCCAACACGUCUACGUAUAAGGAGGGAAAGUUCGAAAGAGAACAGAAGGAAGACUCGAUGGACCUAAAAUUUACCCCCAGUUUUAUUAAUUACAAAAAGAACGACUUAGAAUUUGCCACCGUUGACAUGAUCGAGAAGGAGAAGAAAGCACGAGGAAAACAUAUCCUGCAAAACUUAUCCUUCAAUUCUAAGAGGAAGGAAUUAAAAGACAAAAUUAUUUCCUACGUAAAGGGGAAAACGAAUAAGAAGGGAAAAAAUAAAACUUACGAAUUGACACCCAUGAUGUGGGUUGAGGAAAAGUUACAAAAUGAUGAAAUUCACCUCGGGGGUGAAAACAAUUUGAUUAAUUUGAUCAACGAUGAGGAAGGUACUUCCUCCAGUAAAUGCAUAGAGGUAGACCAUGUGGAGAACGAAAAGGAUAAUAACUUAUCCUUCAAAGAGGACAAUGAAGAGUUUGUAAAUUUAAAAGAAAAUGAGCAAAAAAUUAUCCUUCCCUUGAACGUGGGGAAGAGGUCAAAGAAUGCCCUCAACUCGAACGUUUCAUUCACUGUGCCGAAGAGAAUAAUUAGAAGAAAUCGAGACUACCUUAAAUUUUACAGGAGCGGAUAUUUCAGCGAAUACGACAUGCAUAGAAUUAUAAGAGGGAGGGAAAAAAAGAAAUUUGCAUACUCAAACAGUAUGUAUAAGCAUAUAAAAAAGGCCAUUGAAAAGAAGAAUGAAAGGGGGGAUAAUCAGUUUAAUAGCAGAAAAUCAGACGGGCUUUUCUCCCAAAAAAGUGACAACCAAAUGGGGGAUAGCAUCAUUAGCGGACCUACACACAUAACUAAGAAAAGUAAGACAGACCAUUUUUUAAACAUUGAACAGAUGGACGGGGAAGAGAAGCAAACAGAUAAGAACAUUUUUAGCAAAAAAAAAAAAAUUUUUUCUCACAUGAAGAAGAAAUUUCUCAAAUUUAAAAAUAAAAAUAAAAAUAAUUUCUUUAAGGAUAAGAUAAAGAACUUGGUUAAUAUGCAGAACGGAAAUUCGUAUAACGAUUAUGACGACAGGGCAAUCCGUUACGAUGAAAAUGGGCAUGGCUGCACUUCAUCCGAAAAUAAUAAAACAGGUACUGUGAAAAAACUGCAGGAGAGUGAACCCAAUGAAAAUUAUUUUAAAGCUAUUCGAAGCAAAAUGAACAUGCUAGGAAGUUUAAAUUGGGCAUAUGAAGGGGUAGGUCGUGAGGAGAACCCCGUUGAGCAACCAUAUCUGCCCACACAAGUUAAAAAGAGGAAGAAACCAGACACGAUCCGAAUCAGUGAUCCAGAGAAUAAAUACGUGAUGAACAAAUCCUCAGCAUCGAAGCACUGUAGAAGGAGUAAACUAGUAUGCGCUAACAAAGGCAGCUACAUUUGCAGUAAUGGUUCCAAUAAAGACGCGCAUGAUCUCACCAAAUAUCCAAAUCAAAGUAGUUUAAAGAAAAAAAAAGAGCGAGAAAAACACGCCAUAACUAUUGCUGUCAGUAAUUAUAAUAAAUUUCUUUUAAGCAAAAAGAAUUAUUACACUGGUCUGGAAAAAACGAACUUUUAUGUCAAGUGUUAUUGCAACAUUGCGCUCCUCCUAAUUAACUACUUUUUAAUUUUCACGAUAACGUAUAUAUAUGCGAACAAUGUGUACAACCUCUUUUUGUGCGCCAAGCAUGUGCACUUGAAAGCAAAGAAAAAGGAAAAAAAAAAUCACUCGGAUUUUAACAACAUCGUGCGUAUAAUAUACCAUAAAAACGUUUUUGCAACAAAUGAUAGUUCGAUACAUAUAAGCAAACAUAAAAAUAUGUACAUGAAAAAAAACAUAUUCGCACAGAUAUUUGUGCAGAAUAAAAGACAAAAUGCUAAGACCAGUUUAAAAUAUGACCAGGAAGAGGAAGAAGUAGAGGGAAAAGAGGAAGAUGAAGCUUCAUCAGAUAGCCAACAAAUGAAAAAAACAGACAUACGAAAUUAUUAUUUUAAUCCAAGUAAAUACUAUGAAGAAAUUAAGAACAAGAAAAAUGUGCUCACUAUGUACAAAAGCGCAAAGAGCAAUAUUAAAAUGUUAAUGUCCAAGCAUAUGAUACUUAACCUCUAUUUGGAAAAGUUUCUAAAUCUUUUCAAUCAUAAAAAUUUUAACCUCACAAAGAUUGUCAUAUCACUCCUUGGAUAUUUCUCCAUUUUAUUGCUUCCGAUCAAAUUCCACCAUUUGGUCAUCGUAAAAUUGUUGCACUUGUACUACAAGGGGUACACGAGGAGAUAUUACAAAAACGUUGUUCUUAACAGCAUCUUGGAGAACAUCAAAAAUGUGAAGAUAAGUUUGAAGCUGUAUAAGCCCAUCUGUUCCUUAAACGAGGAAGAGUGUUGUGCGCUGAUUGAAGAAAUUAACAAAACGUGCAACCAGAAUUUGAAUAUAUCGCAAUUUAAGGAUAUCAAUGACGAAUACGACUUGGCUAACGUUAUUAUGAUAAAUUUAAGCGAAUUUUCCCAGAUGAAGAGAAUAAUAAGGCAAGAAUGGAACCUCAACCUGCUGAACAAUUCACCCUAUGAUAAUGCGAACGCGGUCAGUGCGCGGAACAACACGUCGUACUGAUGCACGAAAUGGGAGAUCGUUUUGAAGAAAAUAAAAAAUACCCUUUUUAAUUUUAUAACCCUUU